UAACUAGUAAUGAUAAUGAUUUGUUGCGGUAGCAGGGCUGUAAAGGAAGGGGAAAAGGAAAGGACGUGGUGAUGAUUUGCGGAGGCAAUGUCGGCGUUAGGAGAGACACGCUAUCAUCAUUCAUGCCUGCUUUUUUCCCCACUCCUUUCAAAUACUCACUCUCGCUCUCAACUCUAAACCCUCCAAUUAACGCCGUCAACUAUGCCGGAAAUCACCGUCGAUUUCCGCGCUCCGCCGCCCUCUCCGGUCGCCUCCGGCAGGAGAUCCACCGUCACCAACGACGACGUCCUCACCGAGUUUCUCGAGGCCUCGCUCCGCGUCCCCGAUCUCGUGCUGCCGGACAAGAUCUUCCCCAAGCAGAGGCACCUCCACGCGCCUCCGGAGGUCGAUUUCGUCGCGCUGUGCUUCCACCGCGACCGCGCCCUCCGCGACGUCGUUUCCGACUCGCUAGCCGGAAUCGGAUGCUUCCAGCUUCUCAACCACGGCAUUCCGCCGCAGCUCAUGGAGGAGGCCGCCGAGGCUGCCGCCGGGGUAUUCCGAGUGCCGCCGGCGAGGCGUGCUGCCGCCACGAGGUCGCCGGAGAAGCCCUGGGGAUUCGAGGAGUACCACGCCGGUGAGGAGGAGAAGGAAGAAGGUAGCGAGGAAUUCGUGUGGUGCAAUGACGACGACUUCAAGUCCAAAAUGGCGGGAAUUUGGUCAACUGGAUAUCCAAAUUUCAGUGAGAAGAUGGAAAAAGUGAUGUCACGCAUAGAGAUGGUGGCUAUGAAAAUGUUGCCUGUGAUAUUGAAAAACGGGAUUACAGAUACAGAAUUUGUGGGUGGGAAUACUUGCUGCGUUUACAAGCAUCGCAGAGAUAAUAGCGAUCGAUGGGCUAACUCUCUGAAAUACGACGUCAUUAGAAUGCUGAUCAGAGGAACAGAUUACUCCCAUUCAUUGUGCUUCCAUGUUUGCAAUGCCUCUUCACAGUUUCAUCUUUACUCCAAGAAAAGUUGGCUCUCUUUUUGCCCUCACCAAGGUGCCCUUAUAGUCACUGCUGGAGAUCAAACCCAGAUAUUGAGUGGUGGACAGUACAAGCAGGUGAUUGGAAGGCCAAUCUUUAAAGGAGACAAAGAAGAGAGCAUUUCAAUGGCUUUCCUCUAUUCUACCCAAAACACCAACAAGUACAAUUUUCAAACAAGUAUGGGAACAAGAACUAUUUCACUUGCCCACCAACUCAUCUUGGCUUUAAUUCUCACCCUUGUCUACCAUCUCAUCAUUUUUGCCUACAAAAAACUUCAUUAAAUACACAUCCAUACCUACCUGAGUUUCACAAACACUUGUACACGUGUUAAUACUUGUGCUUUUUUUUUAUUUAUUUAUUUAUUUUACAAAUCGAGGUUAUUGUGACCAUUUUCACAGAACUAGAAGUGGAGAAUUUUGGUUUAUCUGCCAUUCA